UAGGCAGUUUACUUUAUUAGUUUUAGGCGCACAAACAAAAGUUCUUAAACCGACUUUUCCCCACCUCUCUCUUACUCGAUCUGUCUCGAACUCUCCUUCCUCCUCUGCUUUCUAAUAAGGUCGAGGAAAAAGAAAGAUGACGACGGCGAUUGGUAACGGCAGCGAAGGUUCGGUCGAGGGGAAAGAGAGGAAGAGAGCAAUGACGGCGCCGGCGAAAGGGAGAACGGCGAUCGACGCCGACGAUGGUGGGAAUCGCGGGGUGAAGGGGUUUUGGGGGUUUUCGAUCAUGAUGAGGAGAAGAGGCAGCGAGAACGACAGGAAGAACAGGGACGUCGUCGACAGCUCUGAGCUUCGCCGGCAACGAUGAUGACAAAAUGAGGGAACUUGUUUUUGUAAGGGAAGAAAAACACAAGAAGAGGUGAAAGGAAGUUCAUGUUCUUUAGAAUGGGAAAGGAAGUAUGAAGAAGAAGAGGUCUCUCCCUCUCUUUCUCAUGGAAGGGGAAAGAGAAGUGCCAAGAAGAAGAAUAGAAAAGAAAUAGUUGUCUGUAUGUAAGAAAGAGGAAUAUAGAAAGUGUGCUUGAGGGAAGAGAAGAAGAAGCAGAAAGAAGAGGGUCCGAGACCAAGGGGAAGAGUAAAAGAAAGCCGUUAUUUUCUAUUUUCUUGUCUAAGAAAGAAGGGGCAGGAAGCUCGGGGAGAAGAAGAUCCCUCUUUUCCACUCUAAGGGUUCUUUUUUAUAGGAAAAGUCAACUUGUUCACCAAGUUUGCAACAGUGUUUGGGUUGGGUCGGACUGGUUUGGUCAGACCUGAAUUUUGACCGAUUUGAUUUUGUUGAUUGGUUUGAUUGAAUGUUUGACCAAUAGUUGACUUUCGUUGACCUUGGACAUGGGUUUGGGCUUUGACUUUGUUGACCGGAUCUGAUCAAUUGACUUGGCCUUUUUCUUUCGUGUGCUGUGUUUUUUUUAAUGAAAUUGCGUUUUAGUUAUUCUAAUUAUUGUAAUUGUGAUUCAUUUUAGUAAAAUAUUAAUACUUGGUGUUCAUUUAUUGUUUGAAAUCAAAGUCGCAUCCUCA